AUACCCCAUUUGCCUCUCUUUUUCUCUCUCUAACGUCCCCCUUACUCGUCGUUGUCUCUUGCCCUCUCUCUGCUUCUUUCUCUGUCUCUGGCGGUGCCAUUCCAAACGCUUCAAAUAGAAGCAAGCACACGCAGUAAUGGUCACGUACUUGCCUUCUCAUUCCCUUUCCUUCUCUCCAUUCUCUCACCUUUAGUACGAUUCCUCACUUUCUGGCAAGUCCGUUCGGAAGUUUCUGCCAUCGCGAUUAUGGAAUCCGAAGAUGAGCUUCAGAUGCUCCGAUGCUCCGUCAAGAACUACGAUUGGGGCCGACCAGUUGGAGACUCUCAAGUUGCCAGGCUUUUCUCUCUGAAUUCCGGAUCUGAACAAGAACCCGGCAAGCCUUACGCCGAGUUUUGGAUGGGUACGCAUGACUCUGGGCCGUCUUUCCUGCUCUCAGGUGAUGAAAAUGAAAGCCUCAAGUCGUGGCUGUCCAGGAAUCCUCUAGUGCUUGGGGAGAAGGUUCUUGAAAAGUGGGGCUGUGAUCUUCCUUUCUUGUUCAAGGUACUCUCGGUGGCAAAGGCGUUAUCCAUACAGGCUCAUCCUGAUAAAGAGUUAGCCAGAACUUUGCAUAAAUUGCAUCCUGAUGUGUACAAGGACGGGAAUCACAAACCUGAGAUGGCUUUGGCAAUUACAGAGUUUGAAGCUCUGUGCGGGUUUGUCUCUCUGGAGGAGCUGAAGGUUGUGCUUCGUACUGUACCUGAGGUUAUGGGACUGGUUGGCUUUGGACAUGCAUUACCAGUCUUUGGACUCACUAACCAAGAUAAAGAAGAGACUAUAAAACGUGAAUUGGCAGCAGUGUUUACCCGGCUUAUGUUUGCAGAUAAAAAUGGAGUCACUGAAUCAGUAGGCAAACUGAUAAGUCGUCUGACUAAGGAGACUCAGGUGAGGGAGUUGACAGAUAAGGAGGCACUGGCGCUGAGGUUAGAAAAGCAGUAUCCUGGUGAUAUUGGUGUCAUAGCAUCCUUCUUACUGAACUACGUGAAACUCAAUCCUGGUGAAGCCCUGUGCCUUGGGCCAAAUGAGCCACAUGCAUAUAUAAGUGGUGAAUGCAUCGAAUGCAUGGCAACUUCGGACAAUGUCGUCCGAGCUGGCCUUACUCCUAAACAGAGAGAUGUCCAGACUCUUUGUUUCAUGCUCACAUACAAACAGGGCCCACCUGAGAUCCUGAGAGGACUCCCCAUAAAUCCGUAUGUAACCAAGUACCUCCCACCAUUUGAUGAAUUUGAGAUUGAUCGCUGUAUUCUCCCUCAGGGUGAAUCAGUGACCUUCCCAGCAGUCCCAGGUCCUUCCAUCUUCCUGGUCGUGGAUGGGGAAGCAAUUAUAAAAGUUGGAGGAUCAGUCAGAGUGCAUAUUGUCGCUGAAGGAGAUGUUUUCUUUGCUGCUGCAAACACACAAGUCAAUAUAACUAAAUCAUCGGACUUGAUUCUGUUUAGGGCUGGGGUCAACUCUAGAUUCUUUCAAGCAUCCCAAGAUUAAGAAAGCCUUCUGUUAGCUCAGUAUUAGAGUGUACUGGUCAAUGCUCUGUGAUCACAUCACACCAUAGUAGUGCAGUAUAUUGGGAAAGAAUGCAAUUGUUCUUAGAUUCCAAUAAAAGAUAGCAUAGCCAAUGUUUUGAUGUAUACUUUCAUUGAACUUCUUGUUUCAGAAUUUUUCUGAAAGGUGUUGGAUUGACAUGUUCUAGUUAUGUUUAUAAAAUCAUGAGCAUUAAUGUAAUACAACGUGAGACUCUGUCGGA